AUGUACCGUGAAAAGUCCAAGAAGUUGUCACAGAUGACGAAUCUCUACAACCUUUUGAAAACACGGGCUAUGCGAUCCAGAAUGGAGACUGCAGCUUUCGAGUCAGUAUCGAACACUCUGGAUACCGUCCCACGAAAUGUACCCGCCGCAUCAAUCACCAUACCUGAGCCAUCACGACUUCCAACCCUUCCAUUACCUCGGCCUCCAAAAACACCCUCCUACCCAAAAAGCCCCGACGGUAUUGAACAGCUCCAUCGACACCAACGAAGUGGUACAGUGAGCUCUAGGUGGGCAGGUAAAAAAUCGUCAAAGGCUUCGAUGAUGCAGGCGCCUUACCCGGCCUUGGAUAUACCCAAGGCUCAAACUGCGAAUACCGUGACAAAGCCGCAGCACCGUACUCGCCUUCCACGUACCACUCGACUACCUACAAACUUGUCUCAACUUCCGCCGGAGGAUGUCAUUAUGGCACGCUUUGGAAAUUGA